AUGGUCAAUCAACGGAGCCCCGUGAAGGGCCCGUUGCGCUCGAUCAACCCGAAUGAAGAAUCGCAGUUCUCGGCUGGGCGCGAACUGCCAAAGACAGGUACCCCUACCAAGGAGCUUCAUGGUGUCCCUCGCGGACCAUCGCGGCCUGAAUUCCGGGAUUUGUCUUCCUUCGACCCCGAUGCCCUCACAGCCAGAUUCGACACACUGCAUGUAUCAACAACGCCAAACUCCAAGCCACCUGCAGCGGUCCCAAAUAUGUCUGCGCGACGUAGUCAGCCGGCCCAACAAUUAACCAGCCCUGACUUGGUAGAGAUAACCCGGGACGACUUCAAGCAACCGCUUCGACCAGGCCCUAGGGGCAGUGACACGAGUUCACAAGACAAAUCGAUACUGCCUUCCGAUGCUCUGGAAUCUUUCUUUUCGGAUACCAAGCGUCACGAUCAUUUUCACCCGUCCUCACACCAGCCGGUUUUCGGCCAUCCGACCAAGAUCUUGUCGUCUCUUAAGCAGAAGGCUACAGGUAUCUUCAACGAACGAAGAUCUCGGCCGGAGCAUCACAGAGUUCAGAAUGUGGCCGUGCCAUCUGUUCCCCUAUAUCAAGACAAGAAACCGGACCCUCGCACUUUGUAUAGCUCCAUCGGCCCCGACGCCAACCCCUCCACAUACAGACCUCCCGGCAAGUUUGGAGAAACCGAGUUCUAUACCGACCCGGCAAAAGCUUCGGCUGACCUGAAGGCUCUAUUGGAAGGGGGAAUGGAGUCAGACGAAGAGGAAGCCCACAAUAGGGAAACCGCGGAGGCUGUUAACGACGGCAGUAUGGAGGGUCUCAAGGUGAAGCUCCUACCACAUCAAGUUGAAGGUGUUGAAUGGAUGCGAGGCCGUGAGCUCGGUCCGGUCAAGAGAGGCAAGGUUCCCAAGGGCGGUAUAUUGGCAGACGACAUGGGUCUAGGCAAGACCCUCCAAACCAUCUCUCUAAUUCUCACCAACCAGAAACCCGCCAAGGGCGAAAAGGGGUUCAAGAAGCAUUUUGAGGGCAUUGAAAAGACAACACUGGUGGUUGCGCCCCUAGCUUUGAUCAGGCAAUGGGAGUCUGAGAUCAAGGAAAAGGUGGCCAAGACGCAUGGGCUCAAUGUCUGCGUUCACCAUGGGCCCCAACGCACCAAGCGAUUCAAGGACCUGGCCGCCUACGAUGUAGUUGUCACCACAUACCAAGUCUUGGUCUCUGAAUGGGGCCACUCGUCCGAAGACGAAAAUGGCGUCAAAGCAGGAUGUUUUGGCCUCCAUUGGUGGCGAGUCGUACUCGACGAAGCACACACCAUCAAGAAUCGGAACGCAAAGUCGACCAAAGCCUGCUACGCACUGCGAUCUGAGUACCGGUGGUGUUUGUCAGGAACGCCGAUGCAAAACAACCUGGAGGAGUUGCAGUCCCUCAUCAAGUUUUUGCGGAUUAAGCCUUACGAUGAUCUCAAGGAGUGGAAGGAGCAGAUCGAGAAGCCCCUGAAGAACGGCAAGGGACAUGUUGCUAUUCGCCGCCUUCACAGUCUCCUACGAUGUUUCAUGAAGCGUCGGACCAAGGACAUUCUCAAGGAGGAGGGAGCCCUGAACCCUGGUGGCAAGCCAACGAAGGAGGGAGAGAAGUCAAGUAUGGGCUUCAAGGUCACCGAACGCAAGGUUGUCACUGUGGCUACUACCUUCUCCCCCGCCGAGCGUCGCUUCUAUGACAGAUUGGAAACCCGAGCUGAUGAGAGCAUCGAGAGAAUGCUCAAAGGGAAGGUCGACUACGCUAAUGCCUUGGUCCUUCUUCUGCGCCUCAGGCAAGCUUGCAAUCACCCAAAGCUGCUUGAGGGUAAAAUUGACAAGGAUAAGGACGCGUUGUCAACAGACACAUCCAGUAAAAACUCGUUAGCUGAUGUCGACUCUCUCGCCGACAUGUUCGGCGGGAUGGGCCUUGUCACCAGGACGUGCGGUAUCUGCGGACGCAACCUUCCCAAGGACGUCGCUGGCAACGACAGAGACACCUGCCAGGAGUGCUAUGAUGAUCUGGCUUACUUCAAGAAGCAUGAGACGCCAAAGAGGAAGAAGCCUAAGCACAAGAAGGAUAAUUUCAAGCAAGUUGCUAAGAGGGCUGUGCCAGCCGAAGCUGAGGAUGAGACCCCAUACAAACCCAAAGCACGCAGGCCGAGAAACAGGAAUGUUGUUGUCGACAGCGACGACGAAGAAGCAGACGGCAGCUGGCUCGUACCCGAGGACCAGCGUGAUCAACUGCGGUUGGGUAAGGCCGGUGGCGAAGAGGAUGAGAACGCAGAAGGUGGUGGUGACUGGAUCGGGCCCGACGACUCGCAGCACGAUUCUGAGGACGAGGAAGACGGCAGCCAGCUUGACAGCUUCAUUGUCAAAGACGACGACACCAAGCAUGAGAAGGACGUGGAAGGGAGCUACGCCUCGGAUGAUAGCCUGCUUUCAAUAGCAGCGAUAGCAUCGCAAGUCAAGGAGAAAAGGCUCAAAUCAUCGCAGUCGUCUCGUACUGAAUCUGAAACCGAAACCGGAUCGGAAGGAGACACUGGCGUGGAUGAGUCGGAGCUCUACUCUGAUGACGACACGAACUACAACCCCAAUGGCCAGGUAUCUCAGAUCUUAGCCUCUGCCAAGAUCCGACAGAUGAUGCAGAUCUUGCACAAGGAGGUUGAACAACACAAGUUUAUCGUCUUCUCACAGUUUACUUCCAUGAUGGAUCUUAUUGAGCCCUUCUUCCGCAAGGAGGGCUUCAAGUUCACUCGGUACGACGGCAGCAUGAAAAACGACGAGCGCGAGGCCAGUCUGCACCGUCUCCGUAACGACAAUAACACGCGCAUCUUGUUGUGCAGUCUCAAGUGCGGCAGCCUGGGGCUGAAUUUGACGGCAGCCACUCGCGUCAUCAUCCUGGAGCCCUUCUGGAAUCCCUUCGUCGAAGAACAAGCCAUCGACCGAGUCCAUCGUCUUACUCAAACCGUCGAUGUCAUCGUGUACAAGCUCACUGUCGAAAAGACGGUCGAGGAGCGGAUUCUCGCUUUGCAGGAGAAGAAGCGCCUGCUCGCCGAAACGGCCAUCGAGGGCGGCAUGAAAAAGGACGCUUUCAAGCUCGGCUUUAAGGAGAUCAUGGACCUGUUUCGCCGCGACGCACCCGGCGCGGGCCCCCGUGGCGAUGAAAGCUACGUCGAGCCGUCUUCCCGCACCACCUCCGCCAGGCCCAGCAGGCAGGGCUCCCCCGAGACCAGCUUGCUAGUCGGCAAGGCUAAAAAGGCGCCCAAGAGGACAGAGCAUGAGAUGUUUGGUCGGAGAUGGUGA